AUGGGUGUAACAGCUACUUGUAUAUAUUUAGAAAUAGAGAUUCUUCGUAAAAACUUAGAAAUAUCACAGAAUAAUUUUGUAGUAACACACGGUGGAAGUUUUGCUCAAGAAGAGCUUCAGCAUAAAGUUAGAAAAAAAAAAGAUCAUUGUGAAGAACUAUUAGGAGAACUUGUAUAUCAUUAUGAUAUGAAUAUAUUAGAUAUUUUUCAUGAAAAAAUUACAGAAAAUACUAGAAAACUUACUUUAGCAAAGUGGAUAGACGAAACUACAAAAAUAAUGAUUGCUACAACUACAUUUAGAAUAGGAAUAAAUAUGAAACAUGUGCGCCUU